GGAGUAUCUUGAAAUACAAAAUGAUGAAGAAGAAGACGACGAUAUGAGAGCUUACGAUGUAGUGCACAUAAGUGAACCAGAACUAGCAAAUGGUCAUGUUGCACAGGAUGAUGAUGAUCCUAGUCAUGAUCACAAUGCCAAUGAACAAGUGAGAUAUACAGAUAUUCACGGAGCUACUGCGUCAGACGUUCCCGGCAUACAUGAAGAUACGUCACGUGACCAGGUGGAUGACGAAACUUCAAUCCAAACAAAGUGUUAAUGGGCCAAAGUACUUUGCAUAGUGUGAGGUCUGUGUCACUUGAUCAAACUCAACAACUCUCCAGUAGGUGAAUAUUUACUGGACACAUUCUUAAAUGCUUUUAGGCAUUACGAUAUUUUCAACGUAAGCAAACGUGUUUUAACACGUGUAAUCCUAAUAUUGUGUAAUACUUGCAAUACGUAAUAGAGGCCCAUUUUAUAAAUAAAUGUGUUUAUCGACUUAAUGAAACAGUGAUCAAGCCCAAAAUAUUCAAUCGAGGUUGCAAGGUUGACCAAUAUUUUUAAGCUACUUUCUAGGUCUUGAUUGCUUAGUGUUUGAUCGUCAGGAAAGCGAUGUGAAGAUGGCUUAAAGUGAACAGAUAGCCUCCUACGCGUGUUAAGUUGACACCUCACAUGAACCAUAAAAUGUGACGACCACUCUUUUUUUCUUUUGGGUUAAAACUUUUMAGGCUAGUAUAACAGAUCAAGUGUGUCUAGUUGAAAGGGUGCUUACCAUUUAUCACGGGGAAAAACUAAUUAAUUAUGUUCUAGUUUGAAAAGAUUAAUAAGAUAUUUUCUUUAAUUAAGUUUGGUUGUGUUCUUUAAAAAAAUGGUGUCAUUCCGUUUCCUGUCAAAACUUUCCGGUUCUCCCGCUAGACGCGUGUCGUACCAUUUUUCGCGAGAAAUUAAAUUUUCCCGCUCUUACCAUUAGCAAACGAAUGGUUUAAAUGGUAAUCACCCUAAGUGCUGCCUGGAUGACAGCCAUUUAUUACUUCUUAUUGAUUAUACUCGUAUUACUGACUAGGAAAUGAGAAGUUGUAGUAAAUGCAUGAAUGGGAUAGGAUACCACCACUGUAUGUGGUUGGUCACGUAACCAAUAUUUUUAUGCCCUUCAAAUCUAUUUUAGUACAAAUUUGAUACAUUGUCGAUUCGAUGGCUUAGCAGCUAUUAUUUUUACCACCAAAACACAAUAAAUGUAAUUUAUAUAUUCGUAUUAAAAUUGUGUCCAUCCGAGUUUCUCUUCGCAAGGUUGACUUGUUUAAAAUGCAGUUCACCUUUAAUUCCCAUGUGCAUGUCAAAAAGCGCUUCUGACUUCCUGCUUAAAUAAGCCCAAGUCACUCUUCACGGCUACUCUUGCUCAGAGGUCUACCUUAUGUUCAUACAUGAGUGAUUAGUGAAUAACAUAAUCAGUAGAUCUUCCCUGUCUCCCAUCAGAACCAACCAUAGUAGAAUCCAGGAUGGGUGUUUGUAAGCAACGUAAGUAAUAUUACAAAAAUGUGUUAUAAAACCACAUGAUUUUUAUUUGAACUAAUAAAAUAGAUUUGGAAUAGCA